GCUGCGCUCCUGUAGCGUGUGUCUGAGACGGGUAUUUUCACACCUUAGUAAAAACAGUCGUUUAAUAGGCACUGUUUAAAAGAGAACCAACUGCUCCUAGGUGGCAAAUAUUCUUUAGAACGGGAUAAAGCUGAUUCCGAGUCACUGAAAUUACGAAUUCAGCGCUGUUACAGGUUGUAUGUUUAAGAACUUUUUCAGAAGAGGUACUAAACUCAAAACAUGAACAAUGAUAUAUAUUACCAAUGUUCAAAGCUGAUUUGGCUAGAACUGGAAUAUAGUUGCCUUCUACAUAUUCCAGAGGAUUUAGCAAAGUCAAAGUAAUGGAUAACAGAAGAGAUCCUCCAUUCUUCAAUGAAGAUAACGUGGGGCCAUUUUACUACAAGCUUCUUUUCUAUACCAUGGAGCUCUUCAUUGAAACAUUGACUGGAACAUGUUUUGAACUGAGAGUUUCACCAUUGGAAGCUGUUAUUUCUGUGAAAGCAAAAAUUCAAAGAUUGGAAGGUAUACCCAUCUGUCAACAGCACUUAAUCUGGAAUAACGUGGAACUUGAAGAUGAUUAUUGCUUAAAUGAUUACAACAUUGCAGAAGGCUGUACCUUGAAGCUGGUAUUGGCUAUGCGUGGUGGACCUAUAAAUACUAGAAGAGUUCCUAUGGAAGACCCACUUAGGGAGAUGGCUGAGUACAUGGAUUCCAGUCGAGAUGAGGUCUGGGAGAAGACCUCCUACAACAAACAAGUUACAUUUUUGGUAUACCGGGAAGGAGAGCAAUUGAAUUUCUUUCGUGUAGUAGAUAGGGGAGAUGGCACUUUAACACCAUUAUCUGAAUCUUUAAGUGGUGGUUCGGGGUAUAAUUUGUACACUGAUGAGGAUGAAGAAGCUGAGCCUUCUCCUUCUGGGCAGCAGAUCAUUGAAAACUCAAUAACCAUGAAUAAGAUGAAGCUGCUGAAGGCUAAGAUGGAGAACAUGAAUCUCAGCAAAAAGCCUAAGAAAGCUGUCAAGGUAAAACCUCGCCCACCUAUAGCUCCUCGAUCUUCUAGUAGUUCCACAGCAGCGACUCGGCACAGGUUGUUAAGAGUUCUCCCCCACAUUGGGCAGCCUUGUUUACCUUCUCCUGGGAAUGCAUAUCUGCCUGAAACAUCCAGCAAUGCAGUUUCAAAUUUGACAACUCUGCCCCCUGCUGAUAGGCCCAUAUCAUCUAUAGCUAGUGAUUUUCUUAAGGAAGAUGAUAACUGGGAAAGUAACGCGCCGUCUCAUUCCAGUGGUAGCACCAAACUACCACCUCAGAUGACCCAUGUGGAGUUCGAAAAUGACAAAGAGUUUGCUGAUUCUAUUCUCCAUCUUGGACCAUCCCUACCUAGGCAGACAAAGCACUUUUCAGGAAAUUUGUCACCUAAUAAUGAGGAUGACGCUGUUUUAUUUCCAACUUCUGAAGAGUGUGUAACUGAAAAAUCACUUCUGCCUGAAGUGCGUUCGUUUCCUUUGUUGACAGAAGGAAAUAUCGAUGAACAGAGCAGUGGCUUGGAGGGCACACAGAAGGUAAAUCCUGAGUUCCUACUUACUAAUGGUGAUAAAGGGUUGAAAGCUACAGAGCAGCAUCUUAAACAUGUUGCAAGAGUUUUAAGUGGUGAAUCAGUAGAGACUACAAUUCUCAACAACCGUGAAUUAAGUCCUCACAAGAAUAGACUCCUGUCACCUCUUCACUGUUCUACACCAAUGUCACUCCAUCAUUCUCUGAUGAAACCACAGAGACAGUCCAAAUGUUUCGAAUCUGGAAAUCUCCAGUCUUCUGCUUCACAAAAUGUGCUCCGGUCAUUGGAUGUUCGAAAUAUAACGGAUUCUUCUUUCUCUAGGACUACUCGCUUUCGAGCUGUCAAAGUUGAUUCACCUGGGAAAAGAUCCGAUAUUAUUUCUAAAGUUGAGGCUCGUGAUAUCACAGAAGUGGCUAAUAAGGCUUCCAAAGAGCCUGUUGGUUGUAUAAAUAAUAUAAGUUUUCUUGCUUCGCUGGCCCGGAGCACGAGCAGAGACGGGUUACAGAGCAUGCGUGGGGUAGGUAGGCUUCGGACCUCUGGAAUUGGGCUGUCUACAAACCUCCUGCAUUUUCAGGAAGAAUGCAUUAGGAAAAGUUCUCCCCAGUUAGAAUCUACAGAUUUUUUUCUAGUAAGUAUUUAUUUGCCUCAGUAUGUUCUAGUAGUUUCCUUAUAAUGUUUCAACAUAUUUAAACUUUGUUUUUUGUUUACAUAAAUAAGGAGGCCUGAGGUUGGCUUCUUUUAAUAGUUUCGUUAUCUAGUUUGUAGAAAAUCUUUUUGAUAGGUGAAUUUUAAAUAAUGUUUUAGUCCUAAAUUGAGAACUGUAGCUUGAAAAUAAUUUCAUGUAGACAACUUAUCACUAUAGUCCCCCCUUAUGAGUGAGGGAUAUGUUUCAAUACCUGCAGUGGAUGCCUGAAACCACGGUAAUACCGAACUCUAUAUGUACUGUUUUUCCUACACAUACGUACUUAUGAUAAAGUUUAAUUUAUAAAUUAGGCACAGUAAGAGCUUAACAACAAUGACUAAUAAUGAAAUAGAACAGUUAGAACAAUAUACUAUAAUAAAAGUUAUCUGAGCAGGGUUUCUCUCUCAGAAUAUCUUAUUGUAUUGUACUCACCCUUCUUCUUGUGAUAAUGUGAGAUGGUACAUUUCCUAUGUGAGAACAAGUGAGUUUGGAUACUCUGGGCAAACCUAUGAUUCAUAUCCUGGGUGGGAUGAAGCGAGAUUUCUGCUACUCAGAACCGCAAGCAAUUUAAAAUUUAUGAAUGGUUUAUUUCUGGAAUUCCCCACUUAAUAUUUUUGGACUGUGGUUAACUUUGGGUAAUUGAAACUGUGGAAAGCAAAACCAUGGGUAAGGGCGGAAAUACUGUAUUUUGAAAUGCUAUUUUUAUUAAUUUUUUCCCAAAUGAGAACUUUUAUUUGAGCCAUUAAAUUAUACUCUUUUAAACAUAAGUAAUAAGUACAAUAUUGCUGGAUGUGAGAAUCAAGUUCCAAGUUAACUUAAUUAAAAUUAGAUUAAAUAAUUUUCAGUGGAAGCCCAACAGUAUUUUGGUAAUAAAGUAC